AUGCGCCAAUCACUUCUCUCCAACCACCAACCAGACGCUAACAGCAAUAACAACAACAGAACCUCAGAAAACCAACCACCGCCGCCGGCUGUUGUCACCGGCCGUAGCCGGUCUCAGUUGGGAAGCCGGAGAGUUUCACCUACAAGCAUAACAAUCGAAUUCGAAACGAAAAGAAUCUCGAAGAAGGUUUUACCGAACGGUGAUUCUUACAUGGGGAGUUUCUCCGGUAACGUACCGAAUGGAUCGGGGAAAUACGCAUGGAGUGAUGGAUGUGUUUACGAAGGAGAGUGGAAACGAGGAAAAGCUUCCGGGAAAGGAAAAUUCUCGUGGCCUUCUGGUGCUAUCUACGAAGGGGAAAUCAAACUAGGUCGAAUGGAAGGGUUUGGGACAUUCACCGGAUCCGACGGAGAUACUUACAGAGGUUCAUGGAGCUCCGAUGUAAAGCACGGGUAUGGACAGAGGCGUUACGUUAACGGAGAUUAUUACGAAGGUUGGUGGAAAAAGAAUGUUCAAGAAGGAAACGGAAGGUACGUUUGGAGGAACGGGAAUGAGUAUAUUGGUGAAUGGAAGAACGGUGUUAUUAACGGGAGAGGUACUCUUGUUUGGUUGAAUGGGAAUCGUUAUGAAGGUGAAUGGGAGAAUGGUGUUCCCAAAGGGCAAGGCGUGUUUACUUGGCCUGAUGGAAGUUGCUAUGUUGGGAAUUGGAAUAAUAGAGAUGUUAAGAUGCAUUUGUUGAAUGGGACUUUUUAUUCUGGGAAUGGACCUUUGUUUGGGGAUGAUUUUGCUAUAACAAUGAGGAAAAGGUCUUCGGUUGAGGUUGAUGGCGAGAAGAAUUUUCGGAAGAUUUGUAUAUGGGAGUCUGAUGGAGAAGCUGGUGAUAUAACUUGUGAUAUAAUCGAUAAUGUGUCGAUUUUGAAUAGGAUUGGAAGUGAAACUAUGUCAGAUCCGCAAGAGAUUAAGCAGUUUCAGAGGAAUCCUUGUUGUUUUGUUUCUGAGGUUAAGAGGCCUGGUGAAACUAUAUCUAAGGGGCAUAAGAAUUAUGAUCUUAUGCUUAAUCUGCAAUUGGGUAUUAGGCACUCUGUUGGAAAGGAAGCUUCCAUAUCAAGAGAGCUAAAACCGAGUGAUUUUGAUUCAAAGGAGAAGUUUUGGACUAGGUUUCCUUCUGAAGGUUCUAAGAUUACGCCACCACAUCAAUCGAUGGAGUUCCGCUGGAAAGAUUACUGCCCUAUGGUUUUUAGACAAUUGAGGAAGCAAUUUCAGGUAGAUCCUGCUGAUUACAUGUUAGCUAUAUGUGGGAAUGCUGCCCUUAGGGAACUUUCAUCACCUGGCAAAAGUGGAAGUUUCUUCUACUUGACCCAAGAUGACAGAUAUAUGAUAAAGACAGUGAAAAAAUCUGAAGUCAAGGUACUUCUUCGGAUGCUUCGAAGUUAUUAUCAACAUGUAUCUCAGUAUGAGAAUUCGCUUGUGACAAAGUUCUAUGGGGUACACUGUGUCAAACCAAUUGGAGGCCAGAAGACUCGGUUCAUUGUGAUGGGCAAUCUUUUCUGCUCAGAAUAUCCAAUCCAUAGACGAUUUGAUUUGAAGGGGUCGUCACAUGGCCGUACAACGGAUAAGACCGAAGAAGAAAUUGAUGAAACUACCACCCUCAAGGACCUGGAUCUCAAUUUUGUGUUUCGCCUGCAAAGAAAUUGGUUCAAGGAUCUCAUCAAACAAAUGGAGCGGGAUUGCGAGUUUUUGGAAGCCGAGGGAAUUAUGGAUUACAGCCUUUUGAUUGGCAUUCAUUUUCGUGAUGAUAAUACAUAUGACAAAAUGGGGUUGUCACCGUUUCUUUUACGCACUGGCAAGCAGGACUCUUAUCAGAGUGAAAAGUUUAUGCGUGGUUAUCGCUUCCUUGAAGCAGAGCUACAGGACAGGGAUCGAGUCAAAUCUGGGCGGAAAUCCUUGAUUAGGUUAGGAGCUAACAUGCCUGCAAGAGCAGAACGCAUGGCUCGGAGGAGUGAUUUUGACCAAUACACCAGUGGUGGUAUCAGCCAUUUUACUCCUUAUCGCAUUGGGGAGACCUAUGAUGUUGUUUUAUAUUGUGGGAUUAUCGACAUUUUGCAAGAUUACGACAUCAGCAAGAAGUUGGAACAUGCAUACAAGUCCUGGCAAGUUGACCCUUCAUCAAUCUCAGCCGUAGAUCCAAAGCUCUACUCGAAGAGGUUUCGUGAUUUUGUUGGGAGAAUAUUCAGCCAAGACCGGUAG